AUGUCCACCAAACAGUCCCACCAAGUUCAUUUCCAUCAUCAAGCUAAUGUAAGACCAAUCAAGCCAUGGCAAUCUAGCUCCUGCAUGAAGCAGUCCAAAAAUAUGGAGGAGAUGCUAGUACAACUACAUGAGUUGCAAGAGCCAACCCCUCCACCAAUUGUCUCCAGUGGAAAGGCGGAUAUGGCAGGGUCAAACAUGGAUAUUGCAGCUGAUUCAUGCGAACACUUGCUGGAUCAGUUCCUGCAGGAAAGGGAGCCAACUGCUCUGGCAGAGUGCAGAAUCAUGGCCAUAAUAGAUCCACAUGACAACUCAAUGAAUCAGUUCCUGAAUGAACAGGAACCAACUACUCCCCCAGCAGAUGGUAUGAACAUGGAUCUACUCAAGCAAUUGCUGAAUGUGCAGGAACCAUUGGCACUGCCAGUCAUGCAUGAACAAUUAAACAGGAUGGACAGGUCUUCAACACCUGCACAAGAUGUUACUAUGCAGGUCGAUUUUCUGGCAGACUUGCAGAAUGAUAUGAGGGAACCAACACCUCCCCCACUCAUUUCAAAUGUACCCAUUGAAUCUUUUGACUUGGCAGCAGAUGAGGACAAUGGCACAAACCAUUUGACUUUUGGCAUGCCCAAACAACCAGAGAUGAGCAAUCUUUUCAAAGAAAUAUGCAAUGGUGAACUUCCAUCUGCACAGCAAUCUCUUCAAAUGGAACAAUGGGGAUUGGCACCUGUUCCACAUUGCAGUCAAGUCCUGCACACCUUGCAUGCUGCAGUAUCUCACUAUUGUGGAAACACCACUCCCAGCAACACACUGUUUGAUCCCACCCUUGAUAGGCACCUUGUGUGGGCUGUGAAUGCCAUUCUGUUCAUUGCCAGCCAAUCACACCCAUCUCACCAGUCUGUGGUAGAGAUGGGUAUCCUCUACUUGGCAUGCCAGAUCGAGGUGGCCUCUGUACAUCUGAAGCAGACUGCUGAUAUCAUGGGAUGGCCUGUGCAUUGGUUUGCAAACCUAGCAAUGGACUUGAAUCAGCUUAAUAGCUUGAUUCUGGUGACAGUGUUGCAUGCCAUUUAUACUCCCCUCCUGGCAUGCUACCAUGCAUACCUCAGACACCAAGAUGAUGAGCUAAUUCCCCUUAGUGCAUUUUGCAUAAUUGACAAUAUCAGUGCCAUCAUCCCACAUUGGACCCCACAUGCAGCUGAUCCCAAUUCUGGCUUUGCAGUCCCUUGGUGGCUAUAUCAUUCCAAGGAAUACACAGUGGAUUCCCAAAGAUUGCAAGGCAAGGGAUUGUUUUCCAUGGCCUGGGAUUUUUUUAAGUUGAUGAUGGCCCAGGGCUUAUGGCCAUUGCCUGAGGCACCAAUCACAGACCAUCUCAAUGGCCAUAUUGAGGAGCAGGGUAAACAAAUUGACCAUUUCUAUGCUAGGUGGUGGGCAUUGUGCAGGUUGUUGGGCAUGCCACUUCAAUAG